CAACGAUUGAUAAACAAGAUGGCGGCUACUGACAGGUCAACGAUUUGUUGAAAGUAAGGAUCCUUAGAGUCAUAUAAAAGUUCACUGUCAACAGAAAAAGACAUCAACAAAAAAUGGAUAGCUUCCUGUCGACAGAACAGAAAACAUCUACUGCCAUAAGGGAUACAUUCCUGGCAGUGGAUCCAUACAAGAAAAUGGCCUACUCUGAUAAAGUGUCAUUUGAUAUGAACACACGGUGCCUUAAUGAAACCCCUUCAUCUGUGAUAGUGAAAAGUGAAGAUGAUUAUAACCCAGAAGUCAGCAUAAAGAAAACCCCAAGCAAGGAGUGGGAACUGGACGUCAGAGCCCUUAUCUGUACAAGGAAAUGGUUGCAGAACUACGGUCUACAUAAGAAUAAGCUGGCUAUGCAACAGAUUCUGCCAGUGAUUGGGUUUAAAAUGAGUGAAGAUUUUGACUCAACGUUGAAGAGACCUGUGUCAUCCAGAUAUGCCGAAGGCAUGUUUCACCAGCUUAUGCGAUCUGAUGGAAAAAUGUUUAAUAUCACCUGUGGACGAGAUAAGUUACGCCAGCUAGAAAACCGUCUUCAGCAAGCUAUACACCUAUAUAAACGCCGACUGGAAUGGUUGACGUCAGAAAGUCGCCGUCUGUUCGGCGUCAUGGAAGAGAAAGCCGUCACUGUUGUCCUUGACAUUCGUAACAUGUCACCACAACAGUUUGAUAUGUACAGGAUGGGACUCGAAAGGGUGAUUUAUGAACAGGUUACUCAGAUUGCCAAGUUCAACUUGAUCAGGGCAAAUGAUGAGAUCAGCAUGUACCAAGACCAUUGUGUUCCUGUCACCCAUGAUACUGUUGAGGGCGCCAUCAAGUGGUUAUGGGGUCUUGACAGACUGGCUAGCGUGUCAAAAACUGCUUGUGUUGAAGCUGUGCUAUGUGCUAUUGAGGAUAAACAGAAUGAAGCUAUAUACUUGUACACAGAGGGUUCAUCAGUAGAUACAUGUAGACAGUUGCUCAAGGAAAAGAUAUGUGCUAUACAGAAGAAACCACCAAUCCAUACAGUGUCAUAUAACUGUGAGAAUUCCGACACCGUCAGAUUCCUGCGAGAGUUUGCGUCUGCUGCAGGAGGGAAAAGCCACGUGUAUGCAAUUGUCAUGGAGAUGGAUUCUUAUGAAGGACUUCCAGUUGAUCCUAAUACCAACAAGGCAAACAUUAUGUUAAAGAAGAAAACAUUUGGUGGUAUCCCGCCUGGAGCCGGGGUUCGAGAGGACAUUGUGCUACUGUUCCAGGAAAUGGAGGAAGCCAGGAACAAUCUCAUUCAAAUUCAGAAACUGAUUGGAAUGACACCGGAACCAAACAUUGUUCUUGACACAUAUGUAGUAGACGGCCAGCAGUUUGAGAUAGAGUCAGAACUUGCGCCGCAAGUAGAUGUGGAGAGAAUCAAUGAACAGUACAUGAGUUCCCACCAUUGGCUAGACAAGCAUGGUCUUGGAGCAAAGAAAUUGGAACUGUUUGAUGCACUGGGCGGGGUAGCGUUCCAUCAUCGAGACGGUGUGGUCGACCUGAAGACGCAUCCCCUUGAUGAAUAUCAGACAGAUGCUCUACGCUACAAGAAGUUAGUGAAUGCCAAAUACUGCGAUAGAUUCCCUGUGGUGCGCUGGAAGGACGGAAAAGUUGUGCACGUGCAGGUCACACCAGAACUUCAUCGUACAUAUGAGCAGAAAAUGCUGGUUGCUUUACGUGCAAUACAGAAUAGAGUUGAUUGGUUGAAUCAGGGGAGCCGAUCUCUAUUUGGGACCCUAAUUGAGGAUCAGAUAUAUAUUGUGAUUGAUACGUCAGAAUCUAUGGUGCCCAGUAUCCAGUAUGUGAAAGAUAAACUGUUUUUACUUAUGCAGGAACAACUUAGGCAUAAGAUGAAGUUCAACCUGAUUGCCUUUAACUCUAAAGCUCAAGUCUGGCAGAACCGCCUGGUCGAUGUUACAGAGACAAGUCUGGAAGGGGCUUGGCGCUGGAUACAAGGAUUGUCAUGCUGGGGCUCCACAAACACCUACGCUGCUCUGCAGCAUGCCCUAAGUGAUCCUGGCACACAAGCUAUAUACCUGCUUACUGAUGGAAGACCAGACCAGCCUCCAAAGUCAAUCAUAGCUCAAGUACAGAUGCAGCACAGUGUUCCCGUGCACACCAUAUCGUUCAACUGUAACGAUGCCGAGGCCAAUCACUUCCUGUAUGACCUUGCACGUGCAACUGGUGGUAGAUAUCACUACUUCUCUGAGAAAGGUGCAGAUCUUGAAGGCCAGCCAGAAUCCUUUGAGAGUGAGGAUAUACGACUAUUGAAAGAUGAAAUGAAGAGAGGUUUGGAGAAUCUGGAUAAAGUAGCCGAGUUGAGAGACGAGUGUGCCAAACUGUCAUGGAAGAAAGAAAUUGAUGAUAUGAAAAAAUGUAGCAGGAAACAUCCAAUGCCAGGUACAGACCGGGUUUCAGCUGUACCAGCCAUGGACCCACAGGACCUGUACAGGUCAAACAGCCCAACCCAACCCCCAAGACCCAGCAGUGCCCCUCCAGAUAGGGAACACAUUCCUACCCCACCACCACCAAGGGUUACAACCUCAGUGGAAACAAGGGAGUUUACUCUUGCUAAAAGGAGGCCAAGGAGCUCACGCCCAAGUAGCGCCAGAGGUCCCGUAGCCAAGCCCCUUGCAGCAGGUCAUACGAGAACCAGUCUGUUAAGGACAUUGAACAGUCAGGGCAAGUUCAACUCUGACGAGUGGCUUCUGCCCGAAACAAGACAAUUGUUUGAAAAACAGGCAUCAAGACAGAAAAAGUUGGCACAAGGCCCUAAUAAGGGCUUGAUUUCAGUAUCUGAUGAAGAAAUUGUUGAGGCACGUGAACAACGAGCACUUGAAAGACGGCCCAGAAGCAGACGUUUUAAAAAAAUUCGCAGUAUGUCAAGCAAGCAGUGGUUACAGAGAAAUGGCCUUGUUGCUAGGAAACUGACAUUACUGGACGCCCUGGCACCCACAAUGAUACCACACCGAUCUAAAUAUGUUCCUAUACUCGAUAAGCAUGUGCUGGCAAAAGUUUUUGAUGAGGUUCUACCAAUAGCACAUGUUUCAAACAAGUCGAGACAACCGAUCAAGUUGAUCAACCCUAACGGAGUCAACCUGAAGGCUUAUGAGGAAAAACUGGACAGAGUUUUAGGCCUGUUUAAUAGACGACUGGAUGCACUGGUAUGGGACGCUGUUCCAAAAGAUAUAAGGGAUGAAGAGUAAGUGCUUAACUUUUUGUUUGUCCUCCACAUUGAUAUACUGUGGACACAUUGAUAUACUGUGGACACAUAGAUAUAUGG